AGGUGCUUUGCAUUGACUAUUUAUGGUUAAAAUGGGUGUGUACAGGGCGGGAUAAGAGGCUGAUCCACGUAUGCACACUUGUAGGUAAUCUUUGAUAUAUAAAGGGAACAUUGCUUACAGGUGUGCACAUGGUUUUAUAAAUCUGACCUUUCUUCGGCAUACGCUAUUUUAGGCCGUACGUACACUUAUAGUAAGGAUCCUAAGCACAGUUUUAUAAAUGAGACCCCAGGACAUGAAGGAAGUGCCUGAAGUCCUCAUUAUCAACAAUGGAGAGAGGCAAGCAACGGCUUAUAGCCUUUUGACGUGGAUGUUUGGUGUCGUAGAGCCCUUGUUGCCCAUCAUCGAAAAAUUAUGUAAUAGCACUCUGACCUGAAGCAGCUGGUGUCAAAUGUGAUGCAACGGAGGCACAGUAUUGUUGGUACCUAGCGGGAGAAAGGAUAUACACUUAUAAAUACAUUUUUGGAUCAUCGGUCAACUGUUUGAGUUCCAGAGCUGAGGUUUUUAUUUUUAUUUUAUUUUUUUUAUAAUGCAAUCGUGUUAUAAAAACAAAACUUUAGGAAAUGUAAUGUUGUCUAUUUUGAAAUACACUUUCUAUUGAUCAAUACAUUAUCAGUGAUGAUGAAUAUACGCAUGUGAACCACAAAUUAACUGGAAAGUAUAAACACUGUAGUGUGAAGUAGAGUUUUACUGCCGUCAUUAAGCUUUUCAAUGGGAAUAACUAGAACUUUAAAACAGCGCUCGGCAGCAAGCAAGGGUAACGUUAGCGCUUUCCUCCGAGUUGUUUCCACCUCUCUCUCCAUGAGAAAACACAGCCAGCGCAAUGCCGUUUACAGCGGCGCGGAUUAUGUGAACGGGAUGCAGUUUACAAGAGUAGCAAUGCCGAUAUAGCAUCCGCAACUGUGGUUAAACAUGUCAAAACCUCACACAGGCAACGCUUGGUUGCGAGCUUAUAAAACAGUGAAGUAGCAUCAGAGAUGUUUUUGUCACUUCAGUGGCUACAUUAUUUUCUAGCUACAGCUAACGUUAGCCAAUGGAAAGCAUUUUACUUACUUUUCUGGGUGCAGCCGUGACAGGUGUUUGUUAAAGUUUGAAGUUGUCCCAGUGUUUUCCUCAAUUGUGUGAUUACACACACAACAUUUAGCACUGCUUUUUCCAGCUUUGGAUGUAAAAUCCGUGUAGGCGAACUUCACGAUACGGGGUGCAUCUCUCUGCAUUUUCCAAAAUGUGAACAUGAGUCUCUUUCUUAGUAAGUAAGUAACUUACAGGAACGUAUUUAUAAGGACAGUCCACUUCUAAAUAGGCGUACGCUGGGAAAUUGAAUGGGCAUCAUGAGCAAAAUUGUCUGAAUGUCAGUGCAGACCAGACCUUUUGUUAUUAUAACACAGCCAUCUAACCACCACAAAAGGGAAAAGGGAAAAGAACCUGCCUGCGAAUCAUGCACUAUAAGAGCGAGAAUGCAGCGUUAAGUGAGUGACGUCAGUGAGUGUGUUGUCAAGCAAGGAGAGCAAGCGGUAGCGUUGUCCUACUGAGAAGUGUAUGUGUGGCUGUGAGGAAAAAAAGAGAUCCCAGCCGAAACAGGAAAAAGUGUAACAUCUUAUAUAAAAUCUUUAUAACUUAUUAAGUCAGAAACUUCAUCCAACGUCCGAUUUAGUAUAUCCUCAAGUCCGAGUCGAGUCUCGAGUCCUCAGUCUGCGAGUCCAAGUCAAGUCACAAGUCCAGAGAAUAGAGACUCGAGUCAGACUCGAAUCCGAGUCCAGUACUCCAUCAGACUGUAAAUCACACUGUAUAUAUAACCAUAUCUAUCUUUAUAUUUUUUAUAUAUUUAUAUAGCGUCUCAGAACUGUGCACCCCCCCUCCCCCCUUUUUCUUCUUUUGCACUACUUAUGAUAUUACAUUGUUGACACUGGAAAGAGUGACUUUUAAUCUUAGUGUCCAUGUGUAUAAUGUCAAUAAAUGGCAUUCUAUUCUAUUCUAUUCUAGGUCCUGUUGCUGGAGAUUAAAAAGUGGUCUUCCUCUUUUUCUAACAGGACCCAUCAGAGAUCAGAUCCUGCUGAACCUGAAACCAGCUGUGUGUCCAUGAAGAGUGUCUGGUCUAUGGAGCCACCGCUACUUUACAAAAAGACCUGUAAGGGAGAGGCAAAUAGAAAUGGAGGAGAAGCUAGUUGAAAUGGAGGAGAGAGGAUUGAUGGAAAGACUUGAAUGGCAGAAGGAGCGAAUUGCAAUGGAAAGGGAAAUUGAAAUUUUAAGAAGAAGAUUGAGGACCCAGCAGAGACCAGAGUCUCCUGAAUCCGAACCUGAACCUGAACCUGAACCCAGCUGUGUAUCCUUUAAGAGUGACCGGUCAAAUGAUCACUAUAUUAAUUUUAAAGGAGAACAACCCUCUGCUGAAAAUAGGAUCCAACAAAGACCAGACUCUACUGAACCUGAACCCAGCUGUGUGUCCUUCAAGAGCGACUGGUCAAAUGAGCGCUAUAUUAGUUUUAAAGGAGAACAACCCACUGCUGAAAAGAGAGUGGACCAGGAGAGCUCAGAGGUUCCCAGUGGUCAGUCUGCCCAGCAGCAUCAAAUACACCUGGAUUCCAUAUUUAUGCUGCUGAAGGAGAACAUCGCCACUUUUGUGAAGAACGAGCUGAAGAAGAUCCAGAAGGUUUUGAAUCCAGAUUACCCAGAAUGCUUAGAGAGUCAGAGGGAGGAUGAGGAUGAGGAUGAAGAGCAGAGGAGCAGCAGAGAGGCAUUUCGGAAGAUCACACUGUACUUCCUGAGGAGAAUGAAGCAGGAGGAGCUUGCUGACCAUCUGCAGAACAGAAGUUCUGCUGGAGUUUGUAAACGUAAACUCAAAUCUAACCUAAACAAGAAGUUCCAGUGUAUAUUUGAGGGGAUUGCUAAAGCAGGAAACCAAACCCUUCUGAAUCAGAUGUUCACAGAGAUCUACAUCAUGGAGGGAGGGACUGCAGAGGUCAAUGAUGAACAUGAGGUCAGACAGAUUGAAACAGCAUCCAGAAAACCAGACAGACCAGAAACAACAAUCCGACGAGAAGACAUCUUUAAAGCCCAACCUGGACAAGAUGAACCAAUCAGAACAGUGAUGACUAAGGGAGUGGCUGGCAUCGGGAAAACAGUCUUAACACAGAAGUUUACUCUGGACUGGGCUGAAGGCAAAGCCAACCAGGACAUCCAGUUCACAUUUCCAUUCACUUUCAGAGAGCUGAACGUGCUGAAAGAGAAAAGGUACAGCUUAGUAGAACUUGUUGAUCACUUCUUCAGUGAAACCAGAGAAGCAGGAAUCUUCAGGUUUGAAGAGUGCCAGGUUGUGUUCAUCUUUGACGGUCUGGAUGAGUGUCGACUUUCUCUCGACUUCCACAACACUGAGAUCCUGACUGAUGUUACAGAAUCUGCUUCAGUGGAUGUGCUGCUGACAAACCUCAUCAGGGGGAAGCUGCUCCCCUCCGCUCGCCUCUGGAUAACCACACGGCCUGCAGCAGCCAAUCAGAUCCCUCCUGAGUGUGUUGACAUGGUGACAGAGGUCAGAGGGUUCACUGACCUACAGAAGGAGGAGUACUUCAGGAAGCGAUCCAGAGACAAGAAGCAGGAAAGCAGAAUCAUCUCCCACAUCAAGACAUCACGAAGCCUCUAUAUCAUGUGCCACAUCCCAGUCUUCUGCUGGAUCACUGCUACAGUUCUGGAGGACAUGUUGAAGACCAGAGAAGGAGGAGAGCUGCCCAAGACCCUUACUGAGAUGUACAUCCACUUCCUGGUGGUUCAGUCCAAACUGAAGAACAUCAAAUACGGUGGAGAAGCUGGGAACGAUUCAAACUGGAAUAAAGAGACGAAGAAGAUGAUUGAGUCUCUGGGGAAACUGGCUUUUGAGCAGCUGCAGAAAGGCAACCUGAUCUUCUAUGAAUCAGACCUGACGGAGUGUGGCAUCAAUAUCAGAUCAGCCUCAGUGUACUCAGGAGUGUUCACACAGAUCUUUAAAGAGGAGAGUGGACUGUACCAGGACAAGAUGUUCUGCUUCGUCCAUCUGAGUGUUCAGGAGUUUCUGGCUGCUCUUCAUGUCCAUCUGACAUUCACCAACUUUGGAGUCAACCUGCUGUCAGAAGAACAAACAACAUCGUGGUGGUCUGAAGUGUUCAGAGACAAAUCAACACAUUUCUACCAGAGUGCUGUGGACAAGGCCUUACAGAGUCCACAUGGACACCUGGACUUGUUCCUCCGCUUCCUCCUGGGUCUUUCACUGCAGGCCAAUCAGAAUCUCCUACAAGGCCUGAUGACACAGACAGGAAGUAGCUCAGAGACCAAUCAGAAAACAGUUGAGUACAUCAAAAAGAAGUUCAGUGAGAAUCUGUCUGCAGAGAGAAGCAUCAAUCUGUUCCACUGUCUGAAUGAAGUGAAUGACCAUUCCCUAGUAGAGGAGAUCCAACAGUCCCUGAGUUCAGGAAGUCUCUCCACAGAUGAACUGUCUCCUGCUGAGUGGUCAGCUCUGGUCUUCAUCUUACUGUCAUCAGAAGAAGAUCUGGACGUGUUUGACCUGAAGAAAUACUCUGCUUCAGAGGAGGCUCUUCUGAGGCUGCUGCCAGUGGUCAAAGCCUCCAACAAAGCUCUGUAA